ACACACGUUGAGUACACACAAACAAGCAUCGCAAGUUCGCCUUUUACCAAACGACAACACAUCAACGAUUGAGUUAUUCACGGUGAGCUGGAACGUCAAUAUCGCUUCAUUUUAUGUUAAUGCUUCACGUAUCCCGAGGAAGAGCUUGGUGGAUAGUUAUUGGGCGUAUUGAUUGUGGGCGGAGCUACAGACGGGCUGAUCCGUGACUGACAGGUGUCAGGAGCUUCUGCUGAUUGAUCGUGAUGGAAUCCCUGAUAUGUCGUGUGCUGUUCUUCACACUGAUCGUUCAUCAUGUGUUGUCGGAGGAUCAUCGCACGGUGUUUCGGUCUCACCGGCGGGCGCACACGCUGCUCCUGCGCUCCAGACGGGCUAAUGUGUUCCUGCUGGAGGAGAUCCUGCCGGGGAACCUGGAGCGCGAGUGUCUCGAGGAGAAGUGCAGUAAAGAAGAAGCCCGGGAAUACUUUGAGGACGACCAGAAGACAAAUGACUUCUGGACCAAAUACUAUGACGGGGAUCAGUGCAGCUCGGGUCCGUGUAAACACAGCGGAGUGUGUAAGGACGGGAUCGGCGGCUACACCUGCACCUGCUCCGACAUGUACAUCGGCGCCGACUGUCAAACCGAUAAGUCCCAGUGUCCGUCUGCCGGGCCGCUAGCAUGCGAGCACUUCUGCAGACCCGCGCCGGGCGCGUAUCGAUGCUUCUGCGCGCGCGGAUUCAAGCUUCACAGCAACGGCAGGAGCUGCACGCCGAACGUUCAGAACCCGUGUGGGACGACGGAGACGUCCAGCUUCUGUCCUGAUGGACGCUGCCCGUGGGAGGUGCGGUUCGUGAACGGCAGCGGUGAUGUCAUCUGUCACGGGGUGGUGUUGGGUCGUCGGUCGGUGCUGACGUCAGCCGGGUGUAUGUCAGCGCUGCCGGAGCGCCACGUCUCUCUCGUGCCGUGCUCUUGUCUCGCAGCGGUCGGGGACUCGAGCUCAGUGCUGGCUGUCUCCAGCUGGACGCCUCACAAGCAUUACUCGUCCGGGCCGGAGAACGAUCUGGCGUUCCUGGAGCUGAAGGAUCCACUUCCAGAACACAUGUCCAUCGUCCCGCUCUGCCUGCCAGAGAAAGACUACAGCGAGAACAUCCUGAUGAGGGCAGGCCGAGGGGGCGCGGUCAUGGGCGGAGCCAGACACACCUACCUCUCAUUGGACGACUGUCAGGAGGCUCUCAACCUCACGUUCUUAAUGACCAACAAGAUGUUCUGCGUGGAGCGUCAGGAGUCUGGAGGCCAGCGGAGGGAGUGUGAGGGGAAGGCCGGGAGUCCCUUGGCGACGGUGGAGGGGAAGACGGCGUUCCUGACGGGACUCUCUCUCCCGGUCGGAGGCUGCGAUAGAGGCCUCGUGUUCACCAAACUCUCCCGGUACUUGCACUGGCUCCGGCCGCUGCUGCACGCAUCCGAGAAAGAACAGUGAUGAUGAAACCGGUAACCUGAGCAGUGUUGUGUGUAACUUGUUACAAGUUACUUAAUCAGAUUACUUUUUUGGGUAACACUUUAUUUUAGUGUACUUGUUACAUAUGUUACGUGUACUUGCUUAUGUUAUGCAACUAACCCUCAACCUAAUCCUAAUCCCACCCGCAUUGACUAAUCUCACUCGCACAAAAAAGAUUCAGUAUUCAGUAUAACGUCAGUGAAAUGCAAAAUCAGAAACCUAAGCAAACCUCCAGUAAUUAAUGUUAAAUAAAACAAAUAUUGUAAUGCA